GAUCAAAUCAAAAGAGGGACAGGAAAAAGAAAUAACAAAUGACCAAAUCGAUCGGCUCCGCGUCCGUCCCCCACGAAGAAUCUCGAAGCUCCGAAGCCAUUAAUUAACGAAAGCCUUCCGCUCGUACCUUAAUCUUGCGACCCCCGUUUCGUCUGGCGUCUCCGGAGGAGGGUUUCACCUUCUCGUUGGGAUAUCCCCGUGUCGAGCCCGUUCAUAUUUUGGCGAUUCCACCCCCGAUUCUUUGGAGGCAUGCAGGGCCAACUGGUUUGUAGUGGAUGUAGGAACGUUCUUUUAUAUCCCAGGGGAGCCGCUAGCGUCUGUUGUGCAAUAUGCAGCACCAUAACUACAGUCCCGCCUCCAGGAAUGGAGAUGGCUCAGCUUAUAUGUGGAGGUUGUCGAACGCUAUUGAUGCAUGUUCAUGGUGCAACAACUGUUAGAUGCUCCUGCUGCAACACUAUCAAUAUCACUAGACCAGUAAAUCAGGUUGCUAACGUGAGAUGUGGCCAUUGUCAUACAACUCUGAUGUAUCCUUACGGAGCACCAUCUGUCAAGUGUGCCAUAUGUCAUUAUGUGACAAAUGUCGGGCAGAUGGAUGGUAUGAGACUCCCGGUGUCAACCAUGCAUAGGCUUAAUGGACCGACACCUGCGCCACCUUCAGCUUCUGCUUCUCAAGUGCAAAACACGACGGUUGUUGUUGAGAACCCAAUGUCAGUCGAUGAAAGUGGCAAACUGGUUAGCAAUCUUGUUGUCGGAGUGACCACUGGAAAAAAGUGACAUUUGUUUCCACAUAUCGUCUUGGUAUUUAAGAUUGUAAAGUUGGAGAUUGAAGUUAUCGAAUUUGCUGGACAACCGAUGCAAUGCCCCUGGCACCAUAUUCUUUUAAUUUUGUAAAUUAUACGCAAUAUGCACUGCAAAGUUGCAACUUCUGAUAGUAUAUACAUAUAUAAGUUAAAAGGGGGACAUGUUUAUGGUUAAUUACCCCCAUGCUGGCUAUCUUAUGUAUGCUUGUCUUGAUGUAAUGAAUUAAUUGUUCCUUGA